CAGAACCAGAAGCUACCCACACGUUGUCGACCUGUCCCAACGGUGCGUCCUUCUCUCUUCCACACCACACACACACCCAUACUCCCGUACACCCACCAGCCCCUCCCUCUCUCAUAGUCUGCGCCUCACGACACCGCCUGACCCAUCUCCUUGCAGGGUCUCUGAGCUCCGCCCUUCGCUUCUCCAUCUCCCGAGUCCGCCCCAUUGCCUCCGCCGAGCAGGGUCGUAACCAACUCUAAUCAGACGACGCUGCACCUGCACCUGCACCUGCACCUGCAACCUAAGCCAUGGCUGCACCUGCAACCCAAUCUCUCAAGUGCGUCGUCACGGGCGACGGUGCUGUUGGCAAAACAUGUCUUCUCAUCUCGUACACGACCAACGCCUUCCCCGGCGAGUACAUUCCUACUGUUUUUGAUAACUACUCCGCAAAUGUCAUGGUAGAUGGAAAGCCAAUAAGCUUGGGACUGUGGGAUACCGCUGGACAGGAGGAUUACGACAGGCUGCGACCGCUCUCCUACCCCCAGACCGAUGUUUUCCUCAUCUGCUUCUCCAUCGUCAGCCCUCCCUCAUUCGACAACGUAAAGGCAAAGUGGUACCCGGAAAUCGACCAUCACGCGCCUGGCGUACCAAUCAUCCUCGUCGGCACAAAGCUUGAUCUGCGGGACGACGAGGCCACAAAGGAGUCGCUAAGGCAGAAGAAGAUGGCGCCUAUCCAAUAUGAGCAGGCCGUCAUGGUCGCAAAGGAAAUCAAGGCGCAAAAGUACCUGGAAUGCUCUGCGCUCACACAGCGCAACCUUAAGAGUGUUUUUGACGAGGCGAUCCGCGCUGUCCUCAGUCCCCGUCCCCAAGUGUCGGCGGCAAAGAACAAGAAGAAGUGCACUAUUUUAUAAAGAGGCGGAGUGGAGCGUCAAGACAAGGAAUGUUUUGGCGUAAUUGCACAAUGAUCAAAAGAUUGAAUAUGCUCGUAGAUCAUCUCUACAACUUACUUGAGGAUUAACGUAUGGGAGUGAUAUCAUCUGGAUACCAAACACAGGAGACAGGGCGGACAUCGCUUUUGGAGACGUCACUGGCGAACAAGGAGGCGACCGACAUGCCGGCAUAUGCGUCCAUCUACACGAAUAGCAUUUGCUUCGCAGCAUCUUUUAAUACGCUGCAGUUGAAUAUAAGGAGUCUAGCAUUGGCUUUUUCUGCUGCAUUACUCUUCUUGGGCGUGGAGGAUUCACAGGAACUGGGUUUAGCAUUUCCAGUAGAUCUGUUUAUUGCAUGAGCUUUCCUUUUUUGAACUUUGC